AUGAAGGCCGUGCUAAUUUUUCUUUGGCGGUUCAGCAGUCUCACCACAAGGGGCUACCGUUGGUCGCUGUCCAACAAGCAACCUUUAGCCUCUCAAAGGAAUGGUCUACACGCGCUGAGCCAAAUCCAAGGCAAUUCAGAGACUCCUUGGAUGUUUGACAUUGUCGAAGAUUUCCCACCGCCUUCCAGAACAGAUAAUUUGUUGCACUAUCUUCUAUCAAACCAAAUUUUUCCGACCGCCUCUCGAGCUCGGCGUGCUAUUCGGUACGGAGAAAUAUUGGUCUUGUCGGAUGACGAGGAGUUUGAUCCCCAUGCCAUAUCUCGACCGAUUGACCCACCCUUGAAGCUGUCUAGCGGUCAUUCUGUCCAUAGAGUCACUCGUUUGCCCGACAGGUUCUAUCCAGUGCAGAUUACCAAAUACUUGUACCCUCCAGAGACUACCCUUCUACAAAACCAUGAGGACUGGGUAGUGUUUCAAGAUGACGAAAUGGCAGUGGUUCACAAGCCAGAAGGAAUGACAACCAUUGAAUCUACUACAACCGGUACAAGAGAGGACCUGCAAUCGCUGCUACCAUUUAUCUUGACCCCACCAACACGAACCAGUAAGGAGACUGUAGCCGUCCAACGGCCACGUCCAAUUCAUCGCUUGGAUCGGGGCACAUCUGGGUUGGUCUUGGUGGGCAAAACGCAAUCAACCCUUGCACGCUUGAGUGCUCUCUUUGCCAACCGACAAGUGCACAAAACAUACACUGCGGUGGUCUUUGGUCAUCCACGAGAUGGCGAUGAUGAUGAUGGUGGUGUUUCCCAGAAACACACUAAGAAAAGCUCUGGAGUGGUGGAUUACCCAAUCGACUGCAAGGCGGCUGCGACGAAGUGGAGAGUACUGGAGACAAAUGAUAGAUUUUCCAUGGUCGAAUUGAACCCAGAAACGGGCCGCUAUCAUCAGCUGCGACGACAUUUGGCAUACUGCCUCAGAGCACCGAUAGUCGGCGACCCCAAAUACGAUCUGGUUGGGACAGGCGGCAGCAGCAAUAUCGUGGAGGAACACAAGUCGUAUCGACGCUUGGGAUUGCACUUGUGCUGUCAUCAAUUGGAGUUUGACCACACAUUCGCAGCAACAAGUUUGGCCUCGCAUUCUUCGGGUCCCAAGUACUCCUAUACAAUCUCCGAAGCUACAGAUGACAAUCAGGCUGGUACCAAACGAAUGCGUGUCUCUCUGACGAGCCUUCCUGACAAAUUCUUUAAGCUAUUUCAAACUUGA